CUGGUGACGCUGGUGCUGGGUUACGUGGACAGCCACAACUGCCUGACCAGCUCCCCCGUCAAGUUCACCUUAGCCCUGCUCUCCAUCAUGCCUCUCUCCUACUACAUCGGGAUGGCCAUUGCCAGUAUCUCAGCCCAGAGCAACUUUGCGGUGGGAGCAGUGGUGAACGCCACGUUCGGCUCCAUCACGGAGCUCACCUUCUACAUCACGGCCCUCAUCAAGGGUUCACGCGAGGGCAACCGCUGCUACGCUGAGAUCGUCAAGUCAGCGUUGACAGGGACGCUGGUGGGCUGCGUCCUCUUUGUCCCGGGUCUGUGUAUGGUCAUCGGGGGCAUCCGGCACCAGGAGCAACGGUUCAACAGCCGCUCGGCGGGCGUCGGCUCAGCACUGCUCUUCCUCUCUGUGGGAGGCGUCUUUGCCCCAACGCUCUUCUCCAAGGUGUACGGGAAGCUGGUCUGUGGUGAGUGCCACAACAUCACCCAGAACCUGCUGGGCCACUACCUCUGCCACAACUGUCACUUUGACCUGAUGGAGAACAAUGGCACCCUCUACUACAGCCAUGUCCAACCCCUGGUGUACACAGUGUCUCUCCUGCUCCCUGCUGCCUACCUCAUUGGCCUCUUCUUCACCUUGAAAACUCACUCGCACAUCUACGACAUCCACAUCAGCGACUGUCACAUGCCUGGCCAUCACCACAGUGCUGUGGUCCACUGGUCUCGCUGGCGGGCCCUGGUCAUCCUCCUGCUUUCCACCCUCUGCAUGUCAGCCUGUGCCGACCUGGCCACGGAGCACAUCAGCCCCAUCCUCACCAACUCCACCAUCUCGCAGUACUUCAUUGGCGUCACCGUGCUGGCAAUGGUGCCUGAGCUGCCAGAGAUUGUCAACGGCAUCCAGUUUGCCCUAGAAAACAAUCUGAGCUUGAGCAUCGAGAUUGGGAACUGCAUUGCCGUCCAGGUCUGCAUGCUCCAGAUCCCCAUCCUGGUGCUCUUCACCAUCUUCUAUCCGACCAACUUCACGCUUGUCUUCAGCGACCUCCAUGUCUACGCCAGCAUGUUCAGCGUGGUGCUCAUGAACUACAUCUUCAUGGACGGCAAAUGUGACUACUUCCAAGGCACGGUGCUUGUGAUGGUCUACUUCAUUCUCCUGGCUGUGUAUUUCUUCGCCCCAUCGCCCAAUGGCUGCUGA